GUCAGUGUUUUUCCUCGUGUUUCUCCAUAUGCAUUGUCAUCCUAGUCCUAGAUCUUAGCUGUAUGUGCUCUUGCCAAAGGCGCAGAGUCACUAAGGGAAACUAGUUUUCUUUCUGCUAAAGUAGAACGCGUCUUUUGUCCGGUAGAGAUGUGCCUGGGCACGUGUCAACUUGACUUAAUAGCACAAGUCAUUUGUCCUUGUUUACCAGAAACUGCUUUGAGGAGCUAUGUAAAUUGCUGAGUAUAUUUUAAAUGUGGACACUUAUUAAGAGCUAUUGUAUGGAUGGGAUUUGCUACCAUACCUAAUCAAAGGAGUUUUGCUGUCUGAAGUAGUAGGACCAAAAGGCAUGCUGGGAUCCUGGAGACUUUUUUUUUCAGUCCCAUCCACAGAACAGAGCAAAACAAUUUUCCUAAUAUUAUAAGGGUGGCUUCUCAUAGUUUUACAGUUAUUGUGGAUUGCUGCUCCUGAUUUUUGGCUGCAGUGGGUCUGGGCACUUACUACCUAAGAACUGGAAUGAGUCCACAAACUCAGGCAUGACACUACAAGUUGUACUGCAGUCUUGGCUGGACCCAACAGCUUCAAGACACCUGCCUGUUUCUUUUCUAGUCUCUUAAACCAUCCCACUCUAUUGGCAAUUCAAUACCUUUUGUUAGUGGACGUAGCAUGAUAUUGAUAGGUGUGAAGAUAUGCGUGAAAAUGUUGGCGGUGGAAAAUCUCUUGCAACAAGAAUAGCAUGCUGCUGCCAUAUGAUUCUUUUAUUUAUUACAAAGAUAAGAUUGAAUAGAUUUGUUUAUUGUAGAUUUAGUCAAUGCAUCUGCUUUCAGUCUAGACUUGAUGCUUGCUUCCACCCUCACUCCCAUAUAGUUUUGUGGGGAGGGGCUUACAAACCAAUUAUGUGGAUGUUCAAUUAGCUUGAAUUCCAACUGUUUGCCUGGCUUGUAUUCCUAAAAUUGAACCGACAUGACCUUCCCUGCUUUGCUUGGGCAUUCACUUUCAUCUCCCGUCUGUGCUGCUUGUUGAAGUCCAUCACCUACACCAUAAGUGAAGUGCACUUGGCUUUACUUGAGAGACUGUGCUAGCAAAGUACUUAAACUUUGGGUAAAAUUGAACAACUGGUACUGUCAGGGUUUGCAACACCAAACAGAUUGCUUUCUAGUGGUGGUUCUGACAGCUUCCAAACUUGGAAUGAUGUCCUUAAAGGUUGUUGCAUCUGUGCUAUGGAAAUGUAAACCAGAACCUUGUCAACCCGUACUUUGCUCAGGACACUUGGCUAGAGAUAGGUGGGAACAUCAGUGUGAGGUAGAGAUGGAAAAUGACAAGAGGUUUUAAUUUAGCCCAACUUCUUUUUCUUUCUCCCCUUCCAAUACAGGUGACAGAGCUGAAUGAGCCACUGUCUAAUGAAGAAAGGAACCUGUUGUCUGUGGCCUAUAAAAAUGUAGUGGGAGCACGGCGCUCUUCCUGGCGUGUAAUCAGUAGCAUUGAGCAGAAGACAUCUGCUGAUGGUAACGAAAAGAAGAUAGAAAUGGUACGGGCCUACCGUGAGAAAAUAGAGAAGGAAUUGGAAGCUGUAUGCCAAGAUGUGCUGAGCCUGCUGGACAACUAUCUGAUCAAGAACUGCAGUGAGACACAGUAUGAAAGUAAAGUCUUUUACCUGAAGAUGAAGGGGGACUAUUAUCGCUACCUGGCUGAGGUGGCCACAGGUGAGAAGAGGGCGACCGUGGUAGAGUCUUCGGAGAAAGCCUAUAGUGAAGCCCAUGAGAUCAGCAAGGAGCACAUGCAGCCAACUCAUCCCAUCAGGCUUGGCCUGGCACUUAACUACUCAGUUUUCUACUACGAGAUCCAGAAUGCUCCCGAGCAGGCGUGCCACCUGGCCAAGACAGCAUUUGAUGAUGCCAUUGCAGAGCUGGACACCCUCAACGAGGAUUCCUACAAAGACUCAACGCUCAUCAUGCAGCUCCUUCGUGACAACCUAACGCUCUGGACAAGUGAUCAGCAAGAUGACGAUGGUGGAGAAGGCAACAAUUAGACCCCCAAAUGGACUGGCAGCCGCACGCUGAUGCUACUACUGCAGUCUUUAUUUUUUUCCCACAAGUGGCAGGGGGUCAGGGGUGGGGGAGGGGAAGGGAGGGAUGACCUUCCCAGGGAGGCCCCCACGACCUGUCUUUGAUUGCCUCUUUGACAUUUUUGCCAAAACACCACUAGUGGAAGUCGGGCUGGCUGUGCUGGUAUGGAAUGGCAGCCUCACACUGGCAUAUGGACUGUUCUGUAGAUUAUUAAUACAAGUGGAGCUGUCUUUAAUUUAACUUUAUUGCUAGAAAUAAAAGGGUUUUAAGAUGAAAUAACUUGAAUGGAAUGGCCCUCAUUUUUAAAAAAAAAAAAUGAAGUUCUGUGGUUCCAGUAAGGAUUUAUGUGCACGUCUUCUUCAGUUCAAGUGCUGUAUGUUUGUUACCAUAUAGCAGCGUGCCCUGUGGCAUGCUCAGUCUGUCAUGGCGUAGUUUAUAAUCCCCAAACUGAAAGAUUUUUAGAAUUUGGGGUUUGUUAAUCCCCAGGGAUUUAGGCCAUUUAACCUUUUGUUAAGAUGUUUAUUAGGGUAGCUUUACAGUAUUAACACUAAAUUACAGUUUACAGUAUUUCUACAUUACAGCCAUAUGUGACAUCAAGCCAUUGAUUGUAUAAUUUUUUUUUGCUAGUUCAUUUUGGCUUGCCAUCCUUAUCUGGUCCUAGCCGGUGGACUGGUUUAGCUAUUCUUUGUCUCCCAAAGUGAGAAGACUGCCUGCUUGAGGAACAUCAAAGCUGCUCUAAUUUUUUUUUUUUUUUUUUUUUUGUGUUCAACUUGACAGGUGCUUGGCAAGCGGCUGUUUUAAACUAUUAGUCCACAGUAAAGGAAUUACACAAUUAGAAAGGGGGGAAAGCCUUUAAACUAAAAAUGCCACUAAAUAAAGUUAAUUCAGGUCUGUAUGUCAUGUACUGUUUGGUAUUUCAAAAACUAUCCUGAUUUAGGGUGCUGCAGCUCCUCCUCAGGGAUUACACUGCCAUUUCACUUGCACCUGACUUUUUCUCGCACUGUACCAUGAAGCUCAUCGGCAGAUCUCUGGCACCCAGACUCCCUUGUCAGCUCUCACGGAAGCUGGGUGUUCGUUCACCUGAGAGAGUUCAUGGUGUAAUGAGUGAAAUUUCAGGAUCUUAAAAACUAAAUUUGGUAGAGAAAUCCACAAAGGAAGAGCUACAGUCAUAAAUGUUUCUGCCCAACAUAACUUAACCCUGUAAUUUAGUUCUGUUUUAAAACCUCCUCCUUUUUUAAUUAUUUCAUUUUUAAAAGACUAUUUUAUUUGGGUUGGUGAAAAUGAUAAAAAGCUUACCGGGUAAUAUUUACUCUUAUUUGAGUAAUGAUUUUUUUACAUGGUUGGUGGAAGUUCACUGUUUCCUUCUCUGACUUGCAGAUCGCUGUACUCUGUGGCUUCUUAACUAAAGUUUACGCGGUAGAAGGAAACUGCAUUUGUGUCACACUUAAAACAGGCUUUCAUUGUCCCUUUUGCUAGUCAGUCUAAACAGAGCAUUUUGGUGUUGCAUAUACAGUACAAUUCAUUAUGUUCAAUUGGGUAGCGAGUCUGGCAUUAUUAGACUUCUAGAGCUAGCUUUUUCCUUUUAAUUUUUAAUUGAGCAAAGUUAGUAGGCCCUUUUCAGGAAAGAGAGUUCCUACUGGGUUGCUUUUAAAGGUGAUGUUCCUUACAAAAUUGACCCUGCAAAGAUGGAUGGAAAUCCAUGUGAAUAUGUGCUUGUUUGGUCCUAUCGCACAUACUCGGUGAAUGUACUAUAUGCAACAUCUCUUAGCUUACAAAAAGUGGCUUCAGUGGAAGGCCACCUCCUGCAAGUUAAACCAAAAUAGCCUGAUUAAGGAACCCUACUGGAAAGAUCAAUAAAGAGACUUGCAGCUUAGGUAACUGACAGAAACCUACAGGAAAUGCCUUGGACUGGAAGAUUUUAUUUAGGCUUCUUAACUCUUUAUUUAAUUUACCUUCAUGUUCAGUGAGCAGUGUUGUCCCUACCUGUAUAAUUUGGAAGUGAUUUACUGGAAUUACAAAACCUAUUUUUUUAAUUUCAGCUUUUGCUCUGGCUGCUUUAGACAAUUUAAACAGGAAAGAUCGCACAAGAGGGCUAAAUGUGGAGUGGGGUUGGGGACUUGAUUUUUAAGCAGCUUGAAUGGUUUCUUUCAUUUUUUUAAGAAAUGCACUUGCCUAUGAUACUGUCUCUCCAGUGAAAUGACUGCUCCAUUACUCUAUUGAUACAAUAUUGUGCAUGCUAGUGUCGUAUUUCUAUACAGUAGCUUGAAAUUUAUUAACUUAUACUGUAGAUGUUAUGUAUUCCUAUGACAAAAUAGUCUUCAAAAAUUUUUUAAAGUUUUUUAAUUUAUUUUUUUUUCUUUUGGGGGUAAAGUUUGCUCUACCAAAUAGUGAUCGUAACAAACUGAUCUGUUAUGGAUGUUGCUAUAGUGACAUGCAAUUAUAUAUGAUUUUGUUUAAAAAAAAAAUUUAAAAAAAAAAGGAAAAAAGCAAAAGAAAACACCAGUGUUAGCUUAAUCUUAAUGUCUGGUGUUCGUCAUGGUGAAAUUAUAACUAUUACAGUGUAGGAGAACAAUGACUAUGUUCUUUGAAUGAGCCUUUGUUUGUGCUUUUUGUCAUGUUAUGCAGUGAACUAUUUUUAAGGUCUAAUCAGUGAUUAUUUUUCCAACUCCGUGUUUCUGUAAGGAAUUAUUUCACACACGGACCAUUCUUAGCAGUUUUCCUCAGUGAUGGAAUAUCAUGAAUGUGAGUCAUUAUGUAGCCGUUGUACAUUGAGCAAAUAAACUUACAGAUCUGAUGUCA